UGCGGAAUAACAUGAAUUUCAUACUCAAUGCGUCGGGAGCUGAUGGACGAAACGGCCGAGAUGGACGGAAUGGACGUAUGGGAGAAGCUAGAGGAGAUGAUGGGGAAGACGGACAAAAUGCAACUGAGCCAGCCAAAGGAAAUGAUGGUGGAGACCUAACAUAUCGACAAUUGCCUUAUCAUUAUGCUCCGAUAGUAAUCGACAUAACUCUCGCCGAAAGUGAUACUAAUAGUGCUGUUGUCUCUGUCGAGUUUUCGGGCCGUUACCGUGAUAGCAAGUUGGGUCGUGAUUAUAGAGAAUUCAAUAGGACGUACCUAUGUGACAGCAAUAGCUGUUUCAAGCUAGAAGCACGUGGCGGAAAUGGUGGAAAUGGCGGUGAUGGAGGUGACGGAGGGGAUGGCGCCUGGGGUGCAAAAGGACGCAACGCUUCUGAACACUAUCCCGCGACUGAUGGAGGAAACGGUGGUGACGGUGGCGAUGCAGGCAUGGGAACUAGUGGUGCAAAUGGUGGGAAUGGUGGUGAGAUUACGUUACGCACGUUGGAUACAGACGCUGGAUUGUUGAUGAUGUUUGUGGAAACAUGGACCCCCAAAAUCUCUUAUAGCUUAGACGUUAGCGGGGGUGCAGGCGGUGUGGCCGGUCAGCAUGGAGUACCCGGCAGAGGAGGAGAGGGUGGUAAAGGUGGAUCCAGUUUUUCUUGGAGAGAAACGAGAGAAUAUCGCGAUAGCAAUGGAAAACUGGUCACAACAAAUAUAAACCAUCAUCGAGCCGGUGGUCAUGACGGCAUUCCUGGUCAACGCGGCCGACAGCCGGCCAAUCCUCUUCAUAAUGGCAAGCCAGGAAACGACGGGAUUACUCGGUUCGUCAUUCAAGACAGUGUUACAAUGGAAUCCGCAAGCUACGAUGAGAUUUUUAAUAUAUAUUUAGAACAAGUCAAUGUUCGUUCUGCCACGGGGGUGUUUGAACCCGAAGCCGAAAUUCAUGUAGACAGCUUGACAAUUCACAAUGAAUCUACGAUGCCCACACCAAGACGAGAUAUUCGUAUCAAUAUUAACGAUAGCGAAUGGAUUCGUAACAAAAGCGAGAUGGAUUCUACGACUUUACCACACUUGAUUGGCCCAAAAGCCUCCAAAGAAGUUGACUGCAAAAAGCCAUUCUCGUUCUAUCUUAGAAAAAACGUAGUGGACGAGCCGGGGCCACCCUUUCGAGCGACUGAUGAUUUGUACCUGACAGCGACCAUGACGGGGCUUGAAAAGGAAUUUCCAACUUUUAAUAACAAAGGUCAUAAUAUCAGCAUACAAUAUCCUAUUGAGCUUACUCGUGUGUCGCACAUGAACUCUAUGAUUGUUGGUACUUCAGCCAAGGUUAUCUGGGGCGUGAAAAACACUUCCGCAGUUGAUUUUGGUACCGACUCCAGAAAUGGACGUUGUAUUCGAGUUAGAGUAGGCAAGAAAUCUGGAGAGAUUUUGCCAUCUGCCAUACGCUUUGGAUUAAAGCCACAACAACGAGGAGUUGGCAAAGUUCCCCUAGCUCAGACUUUGGACAAAGAAUACAUUUUUGAAAUUCCUUUAUUACGAGCCGGUCAAACAUUAUAUUUUGAGGCUGAUUUAGUAAUAAGUGAAGCAGAGCUCUAUGAGUAUGCAGAAUUUUGGACGUAUUUAGAACUUGGAAAGAUUAUUACACCUUCCGCAUCAAAUGUUGUCCAUAUUAACUCCUUCCAAAUCAGAAUAUCGCAAAUGUACAGUGGUUUUCCGCAAGUCUGUUAUCCAGACAUACUACUAGUCACCAAUCAUAAAACAACCCGCGAUGAAUAUGCGGCAUGGGAGACUUUGCUCGGGCAGCAACUUGGGCUCAACUUCUUUCUGUGGGAUAUAUCACUAAUGGGACAUUUUAGCUUGACAAAGCGUAUAAGUACAAUUUUAUCACAAGAGACCACAUUAAUGAAGGAAAUUGUUGGAAAAACAUUGAUAAUACUAAACAACGAGUUUGAAUAUGUAUUCGGUGAUGAUUCUCGUAUGGUUACAGCACUGGAUUUUAUGGUCAAACAAGAGUGGUUGAAAGCAAUCCAUGAGAAUGACAACAAAUUUUAUGUGGUUUACUUGAAUGGCAUCGUAAGUGACUGUGUUUCCAUACUGCACGAUUUGGGAAUGACACCUUAUAAGGCAAGACAACCGAUUAAAUACAAAUUUGAGCAUGUUGGACACGUAAUGACACAUUUGGGUAUAAAGCAGACAACGUCUUUGAGAGACAAAGGUAACAAAGAUGACGUGGAGGGUUCCAAAUACACCAUCACGUCGUCUCAAAAAAGCGCAGCUGAUGAGGAAGAGUGUAAUUAUGACGUCAACUUUCCAACUUUAAUCAAGGAAACCGUCAAAAUUAUUUUUGUAACGGCUGCCGACGAUAUGGAUCCUGUAAACUUUGUCAAAUCACCAGUAAACUUGAAAGGAGUUAUCGCUAGUUUAGGCAUCGACACUCACUUCCGCCUACUGGGUAAAAUUUUCGUUACUGGAUUCGACGCUGAUAUCGAAGGUAUUCGCUCGUCCUACGCAAGUGAUCACCGAACGCUUGAUGACGGAGAACAACGAAUAGCGGAAAUGCUCAAGCAAAAGGUUGUUUAUGACGUUGCUCUGGAGUUAUCAACGAUUUGCGAUGGUAUUGGGGACAAUUACUCUCUUGAAGACGAGCAGGUGUUGGAGAUGAUGGAAAACUUGCGACGGCUAGUUUGGAAAGUGGAAUCGUUGAACAAAACAAUUAGACAAAUCGGCCUGACAACAAUUCCGGAAGAAAGUGAGGAUACUUCAUCGCCAGUCUAUCCAGAAGAACCCUAUCAAGCACAGUUUGAUCAGAAUAAUUACAAUGAAGUGAGAGCGGCGGCAACUAACCUAUAUGCUGAUCAAGCUAACGAUUACAGUGAAGUGGUCUUGGAAACACCAACUUAUGAAGACGCUAUUAAAAACGACGUACAGAGUAUAACUGCCUAUAGUGAUUCGCGGGAAGAGAUGGAAGUCUUCGACAUGUUUCCCGUCAAGCAAGGGACACCCCUUGGCGAGUGGAUACUUGACACUUUGGCUCAGCUUUACGCCUUUGUUGAAAGUCUUAGAGCAGGAAUACUUCAAUCCCUCUUGCCGAGUAGAAGAUCUGUGAAGAUUCAUCAACAAUCAAUGGACCUUCUUCACCGUAUUGGAGAUGCGACGAUUGUUGGCUUUGCUGAUCCGAGAUCGUCAACCGGGUCGCAAUAUAUACAAACUAUGGCAGUUAGAAAUCGUGAAUUGCAGAGGGAUGAUGUAGUGUUGCCUACGCCAGUGAUUGUCACGACUGAUGAUGAAAAAGAAAAAAGUUCAACAGUUGUUAUUAACGACAGUUGCUCUUAUGAUUCACGGUAUUAUAUUUCUAAUCAAGAACAACGAACAAACAGGCUUUCCAGGAAGCAAUCAAUAAUGUCUACUGCUUCUUAUAUGUCGCGUGCAACAAAAAUGUCUAUAUCUAGUUCUUCUAAUAAUGACAUGUCCAUGCCUUGCCUUUGCACGCCAUAUAAACGGCUAGACCUCCAACGACAAAAGACUAUAAGAUCUUUUAAAGUGGGAGCGAAAGUACGACUUCGCAAGAUGAUACAGAAGUACUAUACGCAAUGGGAACAAAAUGCGAACUAUAACCUUGGAGGCGUUUUGGAUCCAUUUAAGAGAGAUCUACGUCGGUGUUCCAAAGAAGCCAUUUUUGCGCAUUUUGCAUCCUUUGUCGAUAAUACGUUAUAUGGACAUAAUCCCAAGACGAUGAAAGACGAGAACAUUAGCGGUGUAAGGAAUACAAUUAUCUCGCGUUCAGAAUAUAUAAAGCGAAAGAAUGCAGAAAUUGAAAGAGUCAAGAACAUAGAAGAUCUCAUUUCCCUUUUCUUCGCUUUCCGUAAUAAGAUGAUGGAGGAGCCAGUUAAACGAUCACCUAUAUAA